AUGGCGAACGCUGAGGCUUUGGAAAAAUUUUACAAAACUGUUGAGCAGAACCAAGACGAUUACGUUGAGAGGUUGAGAGAAGCUGUUGCCAUUCCAAGUAUAAGUUCGGAUGUCGGACGUCGAGAUGACGUUAUCCGUAUGUCUCAUUGGCUUACUUCCUUAUUCGAGAAACUAGGAAUUAAAUAUGAAGCUCGCGACAUAGGCAGUCAUGUUAUGGAUGAUGUAGAGUUGAAACUUCCACCUAUUAUUUUGGGUACUUAUGGCAACGAUCCUAAUAAAAAAACCAUUUUGGUCUACGGACAUUAUGAUGUUCAGCCUGCGUUGCUUGAAGAUGGCUGGAGCUCAAAACCUUUUGAUAUGAACGAGACUCCAGAAGGUCAAUUAGUUGGCAGAGGUGCUAGUGACGAUAAAGGACCUAUCAUUGGAUGGCUUAAUGCUAUCGAAGCACAUCAGAAUGCUGAAAUAGAGUUUCCUGUCAACUUGAAAAUCUGUUUUGAAGGAAUGGAAGAGAAUGGUUCGGAAGGGCUUGACGAAUUGAUUUUAAAAGGAUUUGAUGGACA